CCGGGUACGACAUGUAAUAUGAAGAGGCUGGUGUACUAGUGAGGCAUCGUUAGAACGCAUAAAAAAACCCCAAUGAUUCCUAUAUGUCCAGUGGUCUCCUUCACCUAUGUGCCCAGCCGGCUUGGUGAAGAUGCCAAAAUGGCUACCGGCAAUUAUUUCGGAUUUACGCAUGGCGCCGCAGCUCAGUACAGCCAGCAGCCAGCCGCAGGGGUAGCAUACACUCAUCCCACCACUGUGGCCAGUUACACAGUUCAUCAGGCACCGGUGGCAGCACACACUGUUGCAGCAGCCUAUGCACCCACUGCAGCUGCCGUUGCCGUGGCAAGACCUGCGCCUGUUGCCGUGGCAGCUGCAACUGCUGCCGCUUAUGGAGGAUACCAGCCAACCCAUACUACCAGUGAUUAUGGCUACCCACAACGCCAGGCGGAGGUCCCUCCACCCCCUCCGCCAGUCACCUCACAGAACUACCAGGACUCUUACUCGUAUGUCCGUUCCACGGCUUCAGCUGUAGCUUAUGACAGUAAGCAGUACUACCAGCAGCCUUCUGUUACAGCAGCUGUUGCUGCUGCACAGCCGCAGCCCAGUGUUGCAGACUCUUACUACCAGACAGCUCCCAAACCUGUAUAUAGUCAAGGUGUAACAUCCUAUACCCAGAGCCAACAGAAUCGCCAAGUUACUGUCAUCAAGCCAGCUGCUGCCAGUCCAGCUUCAUCCACCUUCUCCAUCUUCCCGGUGACCUCCACUGUUCAGCCAGUGGCAGCGGCUGCAGCCUCAGUUGUUCCCUCUUACUCCCAAAGCCCAACAUACAGCACCAAUGCUGUCACCUACUCUGGAACGUCGUACUCAGGCUAUGAAGCAGCUGUGUACUCAGCAGCCUCCAGCUACUACCAGCAGCAGCAGCAGCAGAAGCAGGCAGUUGCAGCAGUGGCAGCAACAGCUGCCUGGUCAGGAAACCCUUUCCCUAAGAAACCCACAUUCCAGAGUAAGCAGCUUCGACCCAAGCAGCCACCCAAACCCACUCAGAUACACUACUGUGAUGUCUGCAAGAUCAGCUGUGCUGGCCCACAGACUUAUAAAGAGCAUUUGGAAGGCCAGAAGCAUAAGAAGAAGGAAGCAGCACUGAAAGUGUCACAGGGGAGCAGCAGCAGCACUGCAGGAGGGACGCUGGCUCGGAACGCUCAGAACCAGCUUCGCUGUGAACUUUGUGAUGUUUCGUGCACUGGAGCUGACGCUUAUGCCGCCCAUAUUCGAGGAGCCAAGCACCAGAAGGUUUGGAUGUUGUGAAAACUCCAUACCAAACUUGGAAAGCCCAUUCCUUCCACAGAGCCCAGUAUGAUCGCUCAGACAUCAGCCUCAGGUGCUUCUGCUACUGGCAAGACCUCCCUUAGCAGUUCCAGCACUUCCAGCGCUUUGUGUCUGUCUUCCAACUCUUCCUCCAGCUCUAGCGCCCCCUAUCUGAAAGCUGUCAACAUAACCAGCAGCAGUGUGGUUACCAAGAAUCCACUGGCCAGCAGUCUCUCUGUUGCCAGUUCUGCAGCACCUGGCAAGAAAGUCAACACUCCAAAGAUUAAUUUUGUUGCUGGGAGUAAAUUACAGACAACAGGAAAGAUGGAGGAGAUGAGAGAAGAAAUCAAAGGCGAUACUUGUAAGCCGGCCGCACCCUCUUCUGCUUCCCCAGAUGCUAAGGCUGAUCUCUGUGAUUCUCUAUCCACAUCGGCACUUAUUGCUUUGCAGAGUGACGUCCAGCCUGUUGGUCAUGACUAUGUGGAAGAAGUCAGAAACGAUGAAGGCAAAGUCAUUCGCUUUCACUGCAAGCUGUGUGAAUGUAGCUUCAACGAUCCCAAUGCAAAGGAAAUGCACCUGAAAGGACGGAGGCAUCGCCUCCAGUAUAAGAAGAAGGUAAAUCCCGAUCUGCAGGUAGAAGUCAAGCCCAGCAUCCGAGCCCGAAAGAUUCAGGAAGAAAAGAAGAAACAGAUGCAGAAAGAAGAGUACUGGAGAAGAAGAGAAGAAGAGGAGCGCUGGAGGAUGGAAAUGAGGCGAUAUGAAGAAGACAUGUACUGGAGACGUAUGGAGGAGGAGCAGCAUCACUGGGACGAUCGGCGUCGGAUGUCUGAUGGGGGGUACAUACAGGGGCCCCCGGGCCCUCCUGGUCUUCUAGGAGUCCGACCAGGUCUGCCUGGUCUGCAGCCACAAGGUCCCAUGCCGCCCCGUCGUCCAGAUUCUUCUGAUGACCGAUACAUCAUGACCAAGCAUGCAGCCAUUUACCCAUCUGAAGAGGAGCUCCAGUCCAUUCAGAAAAUCGUGUCAAUUACAGAGCGAGCCCUGAAACUUGUCUCUGACAUAAUCACAGAUCAGGAACACGACAAAGAGGACGAUAAAGAGAAGAAGGAACCGGCCAAAGACAGAGUCCUAAAGGGUGUGAUGAGGGUUGGUGUCCUGGCUAAAGGCCUUCUGCUCCGUGGAGACAAGAAUGUCAACCUCGUGCUGCUCUGCUCUGACAAGCCCACAGAAAGUCUGCUGGCCUGCAUUGUGGAACACCUCCCCAAACAACUAACGCUAGUAACGCCAGACAAAUAUGAGGUCAAGGGAUCGAUGGAGGAAGCGGCUAUCUUCCUAACAUCUUGCAUCGAGCCGAAGAUGCAAGUGACAAUCACUUUAACUUCACCGGUCAUCAGAGAGGAGCCGGGCCGGGAAGGAGAUGUAACCUCGGGUAUGGUGAAAGACCCAGCGGACGUCUUGGACAGGCAAAAAUGCCUUGACGCUCUGGCUGCUCUGCGCCACGCUAAGUGGUUCCAGGCUAGAGCCAAUGGUCUUCAGUCCUGCGUGAUCAUCAUCCGAAUCCUGAGAGACCUUUGUCAGCGAGUCCCCACAUGGUCACCUUUCCCAGGAUGGGCAAUGGAACUGCUGGUUGAGAAGGCCAUAAACAGCGCCUCAGCUCCUCUCGGCCCUGGUGAUGCACUGAGACGUGUCUUUGAAUGCAUUUCUUCUGGAAUUUUACUUCCUGGUGGACCAGGGUUGUUAGAUCCGUGUGAGAAGAAGCCUGUGGAUACCCUCACUGCCAUGGGAGAGCAGCAGAGAGAGGACAUAACCUCCAGUGCUCAGUUUGCUCUUAGGCUUCUGGCGUUCCGUCAAAUUCACAAAGUUCUGGGUAUGGAUCCCUUACCGCAGAUGAACCCUCGGUUCAACGUUCGCAACAGCCGAAAACGCCGUCAUGACAACAGCGAUGGAACAGACAGCUUUGAAGGGGAAGGCAAAAAAGACAAAAAAGAUUUUGAUAAUUAAAGUUUUUCUGUUGUCACUUAAGUGAAACCCUAGAAAAAUGUCCUAGAACUGUUGUUCGCCUGUUUCGUGUGUGCUGUUUUUUUUUCUCCCUACAAAACAGUGUAUCUGAACCAAACUCUGUAUUACCAACACAAACGUUAAGCUCUGUUCUUUCAGUUGUAGAUUUUCAGAAUGCUGGUGCUUGGCAAAGUAAACGAGCUGCUGUGCUUGUUGUGUAGAAACAUUGAAGGACCGUAGGUCUGCUGCUCUCACCUCACCUGACGACAUGAGCCGAAGCUCAAAGGAUCACUGUAUCCACGUUUGGACCAUCAGCUCAGAGGAGUACUGACUGUCAAUGACUUUAUUCAUCUGUAUAGUUCUAUCCAGAGUUAUGUGUUGUUGCUAUUGUGACACAGAUGGGCCAAUUGAAAGUUUUUCUAAAUGAAUAACUCAUCUAAAUGCAAGUGUUGUUUAAUGCUGGUCUUGUUAUGUUUCAGUGCUUAACAUCACUUAAAAGUACCAACAAAGCAGUGCAUACCAGAAUUUUAGCUCUUCAUUUAUCUUUGUAGUUAGUGGAAUUGUUGUUUGAUUUUUGCAUAUGUAUCUGAGAGUAUUUCUAAUCUAUUAAUAGAAAAAAUAGCUUUAAUUUUGUGAUUUUUCUUUUCUUAAAGGAACGAACAUUUCACAUCCUAUACUGUCUGUUUUUAUAUUAGGUUUUUAGUUAAAUGCAACAUUAAUGGCUUGCCUCUCAAUUGUUAGAAGCUGAAUUAUUUCAAGGCAAGAAAUAUGAUUAGAGCGCAUGACUGGUUGUGGAAGCAGUGAUGACGUAAACGCCCUCCAUCAUGGCUUCUUUUGUGAAUGUUUGCUGUAUCUUGUUCUGCCCAGUUCAAGUGGCAGAAUAAAAGCAUUUUUAGAUGGCUGAAUAUUUGUAAUAAGCUAUUUUUUCUUGUUUCCUUUUCUAGUUUUCAUUUUUGACUAAUCAAUCAUAUGAAGGGGGUUCAGGUGUUCAGGGAUACUAACCUAAUGCAACUUGGGCAGUAAUUGGCUUAUUCUCCAGAUUUUUAUUUAACCAAUUGAGCUUUUUAAACUAUAUUAGAAAUACAUGAAAAUAUACUUUUGUUUUUUUGUUCAAUCACAUAUGCAUUCCAGUUGAUCCUUGUAAUUAAGCAGUACAAUAAGCUCAGUUAUUCAAAGUAUUUUAAAAUAUUCCCCAGGAAACCCAACAGAUUGCAUCAAGUCAAUAAUGUAGUCACAGCAGAAAAUGUAAUGUUAUUGUCUAAUAGCAUUCCUUUAAUAAACUCUUGAUCAUUUUAGGAAA